AUGGAGUUUGAAGCUCUUCGCCAAGUCAAGUUUCUCAGAACUUUUCUACCGCUCAGCCUCACAAACUCUUCACGGUCGUGCUGCUUAGAUGCAAUGGUCAGCGAGAAGUUACUUCCAACGCUUACCCGCUUGCGUGUUUUGUCUUUGUCUCAUUACAAGAUCGCAAGGCUGCCUCCAGAUUUUUUCAGGAACUUAAGCAAUGCUCGUCUCAAGGAGCUACCUACAGACAUUUGCAACCUCAUCAAUCUGCGUUAUCUUGAUCUUAUUGGGACAAAGCUAAGACAAAUGCCUCGGAAAUUUGGAAGAUUGAAGAGCCUCCAGACUCUUACAACUUUUUUCGUGCGUGCUACUGAUCGCGCAAGGAUUUGUGAACUUGGAGAGCUUCAUGAACUUCAUGGAAAGCUAAGAAUAGUUGAGUUACAACGAGUUGUGCAUGUUGCUGAUGCUGCAGGAGAAAAUUUAGACAACAAUAAACAUCUAAAGGAGAUUGAUUUUGUGUGGAGAACUGGAUCCAGUAGCUCAGAGAGCAACACAAAUCCUCACAGGACGCAGAAUGAAGCUGAAGUCUUUUAG